AUCUCACAUCUCACAUCUCACAUCCCAUCUCUCUUUCUAUGUUUUGAUCCAUGGCUGGUUGUAUCCCUAGCUGACUAACUAACCAAUCUGCUUAACCCUUACCUCCUCUGUUCUGGUUGCUUCCAGCCUCGAAAAUGCGCCUGCGGCACUCUACAUCGCGAUUGCCGCAGACGCCCUCGAAUCUGUCCACAUCAGCUUUCAUUUGCACCCGUUGCUUGAGCUCAAAGCAGUCGUGGUCAUGCUCCUCAGCACGUUCCUCUAAAAGGCAGUUUACUUCUUCUCCGCCAACCUCAUCGGCAUGGGCCGCCGCCGUGUCCAAGAUCCAAAGUACCGUCAGCGAUAUCCUACCCUCCUCGCCUCAACGAGCAACCGGUAACGUCACCAUCGACCCUCUCCGCGUCGUUGCACAAGAACUCUCCUUCUUGAGUAAGAAUAUUAGGCAGCUGUUGGGCUCCGGCCACCCCGUCUUAGCCACUGUCGCCAAAUACUAUACCCAGAGUGAAGGAAAACAUGUCCGACCACUUUUGGUCCUGCUCAUGUCUCGAGCUACCGCCUUUGCUCCCAAGCAACCCCGAUCUUCUUCGCCCAGCAGUAAUAGCAUAGACGCCCCAAUCUCUCCACCCACAGUCUUGUCCGAUAGAAACCCGGACCAGGAACCGUCGUCGUCGACGCCGCUUUCAAACUCCAGCAAUGAAGCUGAUUAUGCCUUUCCCAACGACACAACCAUCCUCCCAUCUCAGCGCCGCCUAGCAGAGAUUACCGAGCUCAUCCACACUGCAUCUCUUCUCCACGACGACGUCAUAGACCAUUCUACCACCCGACGCUCAUCGCCCUCUGCGAACACCACUUUUGGAAACAAGAUGGCUGUCCUGGCUGGGGACUUUAUGCUUGGUCGAGCAUCUGUUGCCUUGGCCCGUCUUCAUGACCCUGAGGUCAUUGAACUUCUAGCCACAGUUAUAGCUAAUCUAGUGGAAGGAGAAUUCAUGCAACUGAAAAACACAGCCUCUGAUGAGAAGAACCCGAUCUGGAAUGAGCAGGCCAUUACCUACUACCUACAAAAGACCUAUCUGAAAUCCGCUAGUUUGAUCAGCAAGAGCUGCCGGGCAGCUGCCUUGCUUGGCCAAUGUGCCCCCAACGUGGUCGAAGCAGCUUAUCAGUACGGCAAGAACCUGGGACUGGCCUUCCAGCUCGUUGACGACAUGUUGGACUAUACAAUCAGUGGCCAGGAACUAGGAAAACCUGCCGGCGCUGAUUUGGAACUGGGCUUAGCAACGGCCCCCUUGUUGUUUGCUUGGAGGAGUCGGCCAGAGCUCGGCGUUCUGGUGGGGAGAAAGUUUGCCAAAGAAGGCGAUGUCCAGAAGGCCAGAGAUAUUGUGAACAACAGUGACGGUCUCGAACAAACGCGAGCCCUGGCUCAGGAAUAUGCAGACAAGGCUGCUGAGUCAAUCAGAGUCUUGCCCAGUGGAGAGGCCAGGGAUGGACUCGAAGAGAUGUGUAUCAAAGUGAUGAAGCGCCGGAAAUGAGACCAGUCGAGGCGGAAACGCUCGACAAUCUCUCUUCCUUUUAUGCUCAGAAAGUAUGGUUCUUUUCGGCGACAUUUCAAGUCGUCGAGCAUACCACAGGUACCAAUGGCGUAACCAGCUGAAUCUCCGACCAGAUAAACCCUCGGGAUCGUGUACAUUACCUACCAAAGAGCACGGACACGAGGGACCUACCGUGCUAUCAUUCAUCCUAUAGAAGAAUCGACAUAUAUAUGCAUGAGCAUUCCA